UCCCGAUCGACCCUGACCAGUAAACAAGCAUGGCGGGUUGGAGUCGGCUGGCACGGCGAGGGGUCAUAAUUUUAGGUGGUGUCGGGGUUGCGGUGGGCGUCAUUUACAACGAAUCACAGAAAAAUCACACAAGAGCCUCCUGGACAUCCAAUUUUGAACCGAGUGUGAAAUGGGACUACAAUUGGGACAAAUGUGAACCAGCCAGUUUAGUGAAACCGUCCAAAAACAAAAAUUCCUUGGAUGAAAAAGAUGCAAAAGAUGCUGAAAAUGAACUGAAGAAACAUACCCCAACAGCAACACGUCAUCUACUGUUAAUUCGGCAUGGUCAAUACAACACAGAUGGAAAAGAGGACAAUCAGCGAUACCUCACAGAAUUAGGGCGGAAGCAGGCAGAAUAUACAGGGCAACGUCUCAAAGACCUGGGUCUAUCCUAUACCGUCCUCAUAUCAUCAACCAUGACACGGGCGAAGGAGACUGCUGAUAUUAUACAAAAGUUCUUCCCUGAUGUUCCACGUAAAGAAACAGACAUGCUCCGUGAAGGGGCACCCAUACCUCCAGAACCUCCAAUAGGGCACUGGCGACCAGAAAAGGAGCAGUUUCUCCAAGACGGAGCUAGAAUAGAAGCUGCUUACAAAAAUCUGUUUCAUCGAGCAGAUGCCUCUCAGGAAAUUGACAGCCAUGAGAUUGUGGUGUGUCAUGCUAAUGUCAUACGAUACUUUGUGUGCAGGGCUCUACAAUUUCCCCCAGAAGCUUGGCUUCGAAUAAGUUUAAAUCAUGCGAGUAUCACGUGGAUUACUAUACGACCUUCAGGCAGAGUUUCCAUACGUCACCUUGGCGAGUCUGGGUUCAUGCCAGCUGACAAAGUGUCUGUCGUGUGACAAACACUGCCGUAUGACAUUAUCGUGUGAUAAACACUGCCGUAUGACAUUGGAUUUGACAUUUUGGAUAUGAGUGUAUGCUUGAACAGUCAGUGCUCUUGUAUCAGAUAGACUAGUUAUCUACUAAUGAGAUUCACCCUGUAUUUCUAUGGCAGGUUACUAUACUUAUUAAACUUUUUUUCAUCAUUGCU